GCGCCCCGUGCGGCUGCCGGAUCCCGGCAAGUAGCCAGAGCCAUUUGCUCCCGCCGCGGGGACCCGAGGGGAGGGAGGUGGCGGCGGCGGCCGCGACGAAGGAGGCGGCGAUAGCGGCACUGGCGCUAGGCCCACUCAGAAGGUCCCCACAGGUAAAGAGGCGGCCGUGGUGGCCCGGGCCGUCCCGUAGUUAAAAAUAAAGAAAUAAAUUUCGGUAAAACAACGUCCUAGAGGAUGGUAAAAUAAUGAAAAGAGCAUUUUGAGCAACCUUUUGGUGAUGUUGCCUGAGAGGGUGGAAAUAACUGCAUUCCAGACCAUGUGGUGAAAUCAGGAAUUUGAAGAAAAUGGAAGCAGUCCUAUUCUUUGUGACAUGUGUAAUGUUGCCCCUCACAAGAGGGCACAGUUUCUUUACCUGUGAACCAAUUACUGUUCCCAGAUGUGUGAAAAUGAACUACAAUAUGACAUUUUUCCCUAAUUUGAUGGAACAUUAUGACCAGUCUAUUGCCGCGCUAAAAAUGAAGCCUUUUAUCCCUCUAGCAAAUCUGCGCUGUUCACCAGAUGUUGACACUUUCCUCUGUAAUGCUUUUGUGCCAGCCUGCACUGAACAACUUCAUGUGGUUCCUCCUUGUCGAAAACUUUGUGAGAGAGUAUACUCUGAUUGUAAACAAUUAAUUGACACUUUUGGGAUCACAUGGCCUGAGGAGCUUGAAUGCAGCAGAUUGCAGUAUUGUGAUGAGACUGCUCCAGUCGCUUCUGAUCUUACCACCAAAUUUCAUGAACCACCGAAAACACCAGAACAGGUUCAAAGAGACUAUGGAUUUUGGUGUCCAAGGCAUUUGAAGACAUCUGGUGGACAAGGCUACAAAUUUCUUGGAAUCGACCAGUGUGCACCUCCAUGCCCCAACAUGUAUUUCAAAAAUGAUGAAUUGGAAUUUGCAAAAAGCUUCAUUGGAAUUGUUUCAAUAUUUUGCCUGUGUGCAACUUUGUUCACCUUCCUGACUUUUCUAAUUGAUGUUAAAAGAUUUAGGUACCCAGAAAGACCAAUCAUAUAUUAUUCUGUCUGUUACAGCAUUGUAUCGUUAAUGUACUUUAUUGGAUUUUUGCUAGGCAAUAGCACAGCCUGUAACAAGGCAGAUGAAAAACUAGAGGUUGGUGAAACAGUUGUUUUGGGUUCCCAAAAUAAGGCUUGUACUGUUCUCUUUAUGCUUUUGUAUUUUUUCACAAUGGCAGGCACUGUGUGGUGGGUGAUUCUUACUAUUACUUGGUUCUUAGCUGCGGGAAGAAAGUGGAGUUGUGAGGCAAUUGAACAAAAGGCUGUGUGGUUUCAUGCAGUUGCUUGGGGGAUGCCUGGUUUCUUGACAGUUAUGCUUCUGGCUAUGAACAAAGUUGAAGGGGACAAUAUCAGUGGUGUUUGUUUUGUUGGCCUUUAUGACCUUUAUGCUUCUCGAUACUUUGUUUUGUUGCCUCUGUGCCUUUGUGUGUUUGUUGGAUUAUCUCUUCUUUUAGCUGGCAUUAUUUCUUUAAAUCAUGUACGGCAAGUUAUACAGCAUGAUGGAAGAAACCAAGAAAAACUCAAGAAAUUUAUGAUUAGAAUUGGAGUCUUCAGCGGUUUGUACCUUGUUCCAUUAGUGACACUUCUUGGAUGUUAUGUCUAUGAGCAGAUAUACAGGAUUAUCUGGGAAACAACUUGGGUCUCUGACCAUUGCCAUCGAUACCAUAUCCCAUGCCCCCAUCAGGCAAAAACAUUAGCACGUCCAGAAUUGGCAUUGUUUAUGAUAAAGUACCUGAUGACACUGAUUGUUGGAAUCUCUGCAGUCUUUUGGGUAGGAAGCAAAAAGACCUGCACAGAAUGGGCCAGUUUCUUCAACAGAAAUCGCAAGAGAGAUCCCAUCAGUGAGAGCAGAAGAGUGUUGCAGGAAUCCUGUGAAUUUUUCUUAAAACACAAUUCUAAAGUUAAGCAUAAAAAGAAGCACUACAAAUCAAGUUCACACAAACUGAAAGUAAUUUCCAAAUCCAUGGGAACCAGUACAGGAGCUACAGCAAAUCAUGGAACAUCUGCAGUAGCAAUUGCUAACCAUGAUUACUUAGGGCAAGACACUUUGACAGAAAUCAAAACGUCCCCAGAAACAUCUGUGAGAGAGAUGGAAGCAGAUGGAUCCUCCAUUCAGAAAGGAAGAGAAAACAAUGUUGAAGAGCAUGCAUCUCCUGCAGAUUCUAGUUCUAAACAGUCUGUGGAGCAGACAGAAAGAAGAGCCAAGGCAGGAAAUACAAAUGACAAGAACAGUGUAUCUGGAAGUGUGCGGAGCGAAGGAAGGGUAACUCCAAAAGCCAAUUUUACUGAAACUCACCUACUGCAGAGUAGCAAUCUGCAGAUACCCAGCACUUCACAACCAGAUAGUCCUAAGGGCUCUACAUCACUGCUCAUCCACUCUGCUUUGGACGUUGGGAAAGAACAGAGUUCUGCAAAUAAUUCAGAUACUUGAAAAAGGAAAAUCUCCAUACGGUUUCACUUAACUGCUAACCUAGAAGGGGAUUCCUGUUACACUGGAAAAGACCAAUGCACUAAGUCUUAUAAACAACUUUGUAUACAUCUCUUGUUUUGCACAUAGAGUUACAUUGCCUGCUGUUAAAAUAGUGAGAAGGGAUUUCAAGAAUGCUAUGUCAGUUUUUGAAGAGGUUAAUGAUAGCAAGAAACCCAAAGAACUGAAUUGCACAGGUUUAGCAAUAAUAGGAUAAACAUGGAGAUAGCAGAGAGAAGAGUCCUUAAGUUGAUGAACAUUGUCUCUUAAAACUUACCUUAUUGUAGACUUGUGAGAUUGUCAAGAUUCUACUUUACUGCAGUAAUUUUAAUCGAACUCUUCCUAUUUUCUUUAUUUUAAAAAUAAGUCUAUAAAGAUUUGCAAAAACCAUUUAAAUAUUGUACUAUACUGCUGUGCCAUUAUCUCGUCUUAACACUGUCAUUGGUAGUUUUUACACUGAGUUUUAAAGAGAAAAUAGGGAGUGGAAUGGAGAUAAUACUAGCACCUGUUUUACAACAUUGUUGUGAGAAUCAAAGGAGAUGAUACAUGCAAAGUGCUUUGCAAACCAUAAAGCACCAUGUAAAUGUUAGUGACUAUUGAUAGUCAUUUUUUCAGGGUAAUAUAAAAAAUUGACCCGCUAAAACUGUGCUUGUGACUUCAUAGGUAUAGGAGACCGUUUUACCACUGCAUCUGGGUACCAGCUCUGCAACUUCUGGUCUUAGAGAAUUGUCAGCGCCACUUGAGAAGUUAAAUGACUUGCCCUUUUGCCACUAGUAUCAAAGGCAGGACUUGAAUCCAGGUCUUCCUGGCUUCAAAUCAGCUUUUCGGUCUUCUGUGCCAUUCUGACUAUCAGAAUGUUGAUCCACUAUCUAAAUGUUCUUAAAAUGACAAUUUAAGUGUUUUUGCCAUCUGUCUUUAAAAUCUAAAAUUUGUAAAUAAUUUUGUAUUCCUCAAAUAUUAGAAAGUCCUACUGAUAUGAAGUGCCUUUUGACUUUAAAGAUUAAGCAGAUCGUUGGUGCAGCUGAAUUUAAGGUGCUUUCUUCAAGUGUAACUAAUGGUAAUUGUGCUGUUCAUGACAUUUCUGCAAACAAUCCUUUUACUUUUUUAGCUCAUUAAGACAAGAUUCUGAAGGAUUUUGUGAUGUUAUCUUUUUUAAUCAAGCUAUGUGAAAUUGUGCUCUUUUAAAAAAAAAAAUCAUGGUUUCCUAAGAAUGUAGUUAAGACUUUUACAGUUGGCGGAUAACUUGAUUUUAACUCCCCAAAAGAAAAUGUUUUCACUACUAAAGGGAAGUUUAUAUGAUAAUUUUUUAUCAAAAUGGACAAUAAAGCACGUAAUACAAAUCAAGGCAUUCUGCCUACACAGAAAGGUAUCAAAAUUUCACAGAAUUUCUUUUUUGUAUCUCUUAUUAGUAAUAGGUAUAUUUUAAGUGGCACGUUUAAAGCAAUCAAAAUACUUUGUGUCACAUGAUUCUUCUUCAAAUAAAUUAUAUAGAAUCUACUCAGGUGCCUUAGGAUUUUGCUGAACAUUCAAUAUUAUGUAUCAGUAAUAUUAGUGUCACUAAAAUAAGAAAUGUAGUUAUGGUAAGCAAAAAAAUUUCCAGCGUACUUUGAAAUUUAAAGAUAUUUCAUCACAUCAUUUUAUUUCACACCAAAUAAAAUAUUUAGUAAUUUAUUGCCUUAAAUAAGAUUCCCCUAUGCUUUUGAUUUUUCCUGUUUAUUUUGAAUACACAGUUGAAGUAUAAAGAAAAUAUCCAAUAUACUACAUUAAAAUGUUGUAAAUAUUAAUGUUUUUAAUAUUUUUACAUUUAUAAAUGUGAGCUUUACAUACACCUUCAACUAUAUGUAACUUUAUAUACUUUUUCAACUAUUUGUAUAAUCUUUUCCAUAAUAAAAUGUUGUUUGUUUAA